CUUCUGAGCUGAACAUUUUCACACGGAGGCCCCGUCUUUCCAGUGACUGUCACCACCUCCAGAGAGCCAUCAUGAUGCUCAUGGGCAAGACCGCUCUUCUCUGCAGCCUCCUGGUAGUGGGAUGCAUGGCUGAUAAUAAAGACGACGCCAACUCGUACAUGGACAGAGUCGCUCACGACUUCCUUCCUAGCAGCGUCAAAUCCAUGAGCCUGGACCCUCACAAGUUGGACGACUUCGACGUUAAAAUCGAGGGAACCUCCUUUCCGUACAGCAGAGAGUUCCAUGCCAAGCUUAGGGAGGGAACCUUGAACGGAUUGUCGAACGUGGUCUCCCGUGACGGCGAUUGUAGCAGCUGGAAGAGUGACAAUGUCACAGUCGGAUGUCACAUUCUCUUGGGUGGUAUCAAGGCUGAGUACCAGGUCACUUCUAAAGGGGAUGAACUUUUUGGCUCAACAAAGGAGUACACGGCCGUCCUGGAGGUAACCAAGAUCAAGGUGUCGCUGGAAAUUACGAAACACUCAAACAAACCUGCAUACGUGAGGACCUUCGAAAUCCAAAGCAUGGAGCUGAGUUUCGUUACUUCCAAGGUUCUGCAGCUUAACCAGGGAAGGACGGAAAUGUACCACGCAAAGGCGAAGCAACAGGUGCAAAACAACAUCCGGGAAUUGCUAUCCGGAUCGUUCAGAGUGGCCCUCCAGCUCUCCGCUCAGUCUGUACCGCUGAACAACUAAUGUGCAUUUACGGUCCGAAUCUUAGUUGAAACGGGAUAUACUGAACGGUAAUGUUGCGGUGUCCCGUGAGUGUUUAAAUACAAUAAAGAAAAUUUGCAAAGUAUGAAAA